AUGGUAGAACAGCCUCAUACCGGAACCGGGACGGGGACGGGGAACACCCUCGGCCUCGUCCUAUACGACACUCUACUCCCAUCGUUGAAACUACACUCAUCACUCUCGCUGGUCACCUACGCGAUCGCACGAGCGACGGACCGCGCCGAACUCAAGGACUGGCUAUGGCCAUCAGGCAUGGUGAUCAACACCUGGGCGGCCUUCAUCGCAGACCGAACCACCGUCACAACUCCUACUGGCACGACUACUAUCGGGAUCCUCGACGCCUUUGGCCGAUUGGCAUGGUCUGAAAAGCUACUGCUGACUGGCGUAACCGCAUGGGGUGUGCGACUGUUCUACCGCAUCGCCAGUCGAGGGAUCCGUCGCGGCCGAGAUGACCCCCGGUACGAACUGGCAAAGAAAUCAGAUUCUGGGUUCUGGAACAAGGCAUUGUUCUCGUCGUUUUUGCCCGAGGCCAUAUUCCAAUCCCUCAUCACCUUGCCCUUCACCUUGCCGUUCCGGUCGGGUCUCAGACUAGGCGGUACGGACCAGCCUGCCGUCAGCCUCGAGUACUCCACACUGCUGAGAGCCAUUGCGGUCGGUUUGUUCUGCACGGGAUUUGCCAUGGAGGCUUUGUCGGACUAUCAGAUUGAAGCGCACAAGAAGAAAAAGGGUGACCAGGGUCUAUGUGGUGAUGGUGUUUGGAGCAUUGUUCGACAUCCAAACUACCUCGGCGACUUCCUCACCCACCUAUCCUUCCCGAUCCUGCUUCUUUCAUCCCCCUCCACCGUCCACCUGAACCCGCUUCUGACCUUCCUGGGUCCUUUGACCAACUACAUUUUCCUCCGCUACGUCGGUGGCGAUCGGGAGAACGAGGCCCAACAAGAAACUAGAUACAGCGAGGCCGUGGCCAAAGCCGAGGAUACUCAGGCGACCCAGGCGGUCGAGAAACUCAUGGAUCUGCAGCAGAGCAGAACCGAAAGGAACAGUUUCUGGCCCGACGCCAAGCAAGUGGUCAACAAAUGGACCUGGGUCGUUGUUGGAAUUGGAGCCGCAGGAGCUCUGAUUGAGGGUAUUGUUCGACCUUGA